AACACGACCAUCAAGGCUAGGGGCAAUUCGUGCACCGAGUGUCGCCGUCGCAAGCAAAAGUGCGACCAAGGCAGACCGUGUAGCAACUGUACCCGUCGAUUCCCGCAGCCGACGUGCGAGUACAACACCAAACGAAACGUCAAGAGGUUAGUUGUCAAAAGAAACAGCCGCCCUCCACUUGCUGCACAUCCCUCCCACCUCUCUUCCACUCACGGUCAACCGUUGUCCUUGGGGGCCGACAGGGACUUCGGAGCACCUGUGGGGAAUCAACAGACUACACUUCAGCUCCCCCACAAGGCCGAAGCUUCAACCCACUUCCCUUCUGGCUCGCUACUGGAGUGCCGUUUUAUGCCAUGCCGGCAGAUUCCACGUCCCCCAAUCGGAUGGCCAAGCGGUCGGACGAGAAAGGCGUGGAAGAAUAGGAAAAGCGAGAGAAGAGAAAAAGGAAACGGCUGUGCUUUAUAGUGCCGCUGCUAAACCCCCCCGUGCAAACCCCUAUAUCGUUGUGGCGCAAACUCAAUGCGCGCCUGUCGACGCUGCCUCUCGCUAAUAGCACCUGUCUGC